CUUCCAAGAGCCAGGCAUGGCUGACGCCCUGCGAAGCUUCCUCUCCCAGGACUACGCCUCCAGGCAGAGCCUCUCUGACAGAGCGCAAAGUAGUGCCAGCACUACCAACCCACACCUGUGUGUGACAUGUAAAGAAGAUGGGCAGGCAAGUACUGAGAACGGGGCCACCUUGAAAACCUCCCUGCUGGCAGCAGCCUCUUGGUCUGCCCUGCGCCUACGCACUCACCCGAGUGAAGCUGCAGUGACAACAGCCCGGUUUGGCAACGAGGACACCGUCAGCAAUUUGUCAUUGGCUUGGAGGCAAAUGGCAGAAAGCAAACCACCCCUGCGGUCAGAGGAGGGUGAGGAGGUCAGUGAGGAGGUGGGUGGGCACACACAGCCAUGGGUGACCAGAGCAGGUCCCAAACCUGCUGUCCCAGGGAGGGGGGAUGACUCUCGCAGAGGGACACGUCUGAUAGCAGCCCAACUUGGCAUCCUCCUCGUCUGCACGGCGGUGCUGGGGCUGGCCGCGGCAGCUGGCCUGCGCUACAUCUGUGCCCGCUACUGCCACAAGAGGACAGAAGUGUCCUUCAGUGAGCCAGACAACAGCGUCAUCGCUGUCAAAGAAAAUGGGGAGAUGAUGCACUUCCGGAAGAUCCGGGAGAACAGCUUCGUGCUGGUUCAAGCUGAGUACAACUGGAUCAGCCCAUCAGGCAGUGGGAAAAGGAGAAUAAUCUAAACAUUCACGGGACUUACCCCAGUGCCACAUA